UCAUUGCCGCGUGGUGUGUGACGUCACUUAUUUUGAAGCCUUCGUCUGGCAACGCUGAUAGCCGAUAAACGUCGUACAGCUUGGUAUCCUUGUGACAGACGUUCUUUCAUAACAACGGUUAUUAUUCCUGACAUUGCUUGUAAAAGAAAAACAAACAAUUACUUUACAACAGAUGCCAAGUGUUAAAGAUGAAUCCGAGGCAGAAGGAGAAGAAAUGUCACAUGACAGUAAUGAAAGUAACCAAAGCUCUGCAUCGUGUGAUAGCAGUGCAGAACACAGUGACAGUGAUGACUCUUCUGAAAUGGAUGAAGAUGAAUGUGAAAGGCGGCGAAAUGAAUGUAUGGAGAAUUUAGUAGAUCUAGAACGUCAGUUUACUCUUCUUAAAGAACAACUUUACCAUGAAAGGAUUACUCAAGUAGAUACAAAAUUAGGAGAAGUUCGAGUUGGAAAAUCUGAAGAAUAUUUAAAACCUUUGGAACGUUUAAAAGAAAAUAUGAAAACGAAAACAGAAGUAGCUGGAAUAUUAAAACAAUAUAGAUUACAAAAUAUACAAAACAAAUUCUUAGCAGAAGAGCAAGCUGCAUUACAGAAUUUUGAAAGUGAAAAAGAACUGAUCUGGGAUUGUAUUCACAAUGAUUUACAAGAAAAAAUCCGCAGAUUAGAGGAAGAUAGAAAUAAUGUUGAUAUUCAUGCAGACUUGUGGUUAAAUUCUAAUGGUAGAAGACGCCGAAAUCACACUGAAAGAAGAAGGGCAGUUUCUGUUGCAGGGCCUUACAUUGUUUAUAUGCUUAAUGAUGCAGAUAUUCUUGAGGAUUGGGCAUUAAUAAAGAAAAGCUUAAGUAGUCGAAAAACUGAAAUAAUUUAAUGUCUGCACAUAUAUAAAUGUAUUUUUUUAAUAAUAUAAUUUUAAUUAUGUUAAUUCAUUAUCCUUUCAUAAACUUGAUUAAGUUUUCUGAA